AUGGCUUUACCUCAAACGCAACACCAACCACAAGAACAACAACAGAAGGCUAUUACACAACCAUCCCCGCAACCAACAACCGCAGACAUCAAAACAAAAAUGAUCAAGAAAAUAACCACACAUCCCACCCUCCCCUCUCACCGCCGUAAAAUCUACCUUGCUUUGCUAUCCGUCCCUGCAGGCCGUUGGACCACAUACGCUGCGCUUGCUAAGCAUAUUGGUACUAGUCCACGAGCAGUUGGGGCCGCGAUGCGUCUGAACCCGUUUGCACCGGAAGUGCCCUGUCAUCGGGUGCUUGGGGGUAACGGGAAGCUGCUGGUGGGGUACUCCGGUGCUGAGGGGUCAGGAGGUGCAAAGAAGAAAGCGAAGGAUGGAGUGGGGAUGAAGAAGAGGAUGUUGGAGGAGGAAGGGGUCGAGUUUACUACGGAGGGGAUGGCGAGGGGGUCGUGCUUCGAGGGGUUUGGAUUGGAAUGA